UAUACAUUCCAUUUCACAGGAUUCUGGGUUUGAGUUAUUUUCACUUGAUUUGGAAUAAAAAUAAAUUCAAUUCAUUUUUUCCAUUUGGUUAUCCACUGACUAUUUGCUUUCAUAAAGAAAAUUUUGUUUGUGUAAAUUGUUUCAACACUCUCACACUGCACGAUGUAUGUUCUAAAACGAGAUGGAAGACGUGAGAAAGUUAUGUUCGAUAAAAUCACGUCAAGAGUUUCAAAGUUAUGUUAUGGACUGAACAUGGAUUUUGUUGAUCCUGCUAAAAUCACCAUGAAAGUCAUUAAUGGAAUCUAUGAAGGUGUAACCACUGUUGAAUUAGAUACGUUGGCUGCAGAAACUGCUGCGACGCUGACAACUUUACAUCCAGAUUAUGCACUUCUCGCUGCUCGGCUUGCUGUAUCUAAUCUUCAUAAAGAGACAAAGAAGCUUUUUAGUGCUGUGAUGACUGACUUGUUUGAAUACGUCAACCCUCGAAAUGAUUGUCAUUCUCCACUGAUCUCUAAGGAAACCCAUGACAUCAUAAUGGAAAAUGCUGAUCGACUGAAUUCUGCUAUCAUAUAUGAUCGUGACUUUUCAUACAACUUCUUCGGUUUUAAGACCUUGGAACGAUCAUAUUUGUUGAAAUUGAAUGGAAAAAUCGCCGAACGGCCACAACAAAUGUUAAUGAGAGUUGCUAUUGGUAUUCAUAAGAGGGAUAUUGAUGCAGUUUUGGAGACGUAUAAUCUUCUGUCAGAGAAAUGGUUCACACAUGCUUCACCUACACUGUUCAAUGCUGGAACCAAUAAACCACAACUUUCUAGUUGCUUUCUUCUUACAAUGAGAGAUGACAGUAUUGAUGGUAUUUAUGAAACCUUGAAACAGUGUGCACUUAUAUCAAAAACUGCUGGUGGAAUUGGUCUGAGUGUUUCUAAUAUUCGAGCCUCUGGAAGUUACAUAGCCGGGACUAAUGGAAACUCCAAUGGUUUGUUACCCAUGCUCAGAGUCUACAAUAAUACAGCUAGAUAUGUUGAUCAAGGUGGAAACAAGAGGCCUGGUGCAUUUGCAAUAUAUCUUGAACCUUGGCAUGCUGAUGUAUUUGAGUUUUUGGAUGCAAAGAAAAAUACAGGUAAAGAUGAAUCUCGUGCCAGAGAUUUAUUUUAUGCAAUGUGGAUUCCUGAUUUGUUUAUGAAACGUGUGGAAAGUGAUGGAGAUUGGACUUUGUUUUGUCCGAAUGAAGCACAAGGAUUGGCAGACGUUUGGGGAGAAAAAUUUGAUGAAUUAUAUGAAAAGUAUGAAAAAGAAGGGCGAGCACGACGUACAAUCAAAGCUCAAGCACUUUGGUAUGCCAUCAUUGAGUCACAGAUUGAAACUGGUACACCAUACAUGCUGUACAAAGAUGCAUGCAAUAGAAAAUCAAACCAGCAAAAUCUUGGGACAAUCAAAAGUUCUAAUUUAUGUACAGAAAUCGUGGAAUACACAAGUGCAGAUGAGGUUGCUGUCUGUAAUCUUGCUUCUAUUGCACUUCCAAUGUACGUCACACCAGAUAAAACUUUUGAUUUCAAGAAGUUGUUCGAAGUUACAAAAGUGAUCACAAAAAAUCUAAACAAGAUAAUCGACAUCAAUUACUAUCCUGUUCCUGAGGCUAGAAACUCGAACAUGAGGCAUCGUCCAAUUGGUAUUGGUGUUCAAGGUCUUGCUGAUGCUUUCAUUAAGAUGAGAUUUCCAUUUGACAGUGAAGAGGCAAUGAAAUUGAAUAUACAAAUAUUUGAGACAAUAUAUUAUGGUGCAUUGACUGCAUCAUGUGAAAUUGCUAAAGAAUUGGGUCAUUAUGAAACAUAUGAAGGAUCACCUAUAAGCAAAGGGCAAUUGCAAUAUGACUUGUGGGGAGUAACACCCACUGAUUUAUGGGAUUGGGAAGCAUUGAAAGCUGACAUAAAAAGUCAUGGAGUAAGAAAUUCGCUUCUGAUGGCUCCUAUGCCGACAGCAUCUACUGCACAAAUCUUGGGAAAUAAUGAGGCAAUAGAACCAUAUACAAGCAAUAUAUACACAAGACGAGUUCUUUCAGGAGAAUUUCAGAUUGUAAAUCAACAUCUCCUGGUUGACUUAGCUGAAAUGGGAAUUUGGAAUGAAGAUGUGAAACUGCAAUUGAUUGCAAGUAAUGGAUCAGUCCAGAAUAUUCCUCAAAUUCCUGAUGAUCUUAAACGUCUAUAUCGAACUGUCUGGGAAAUAUCUCAAAAAAAUAUAAUCAAGAUGGCUGCUGAUAGAGCCCCAUAUAUCGACCAAAGUCAAAGCUUGAACAUUCACAUUGCUGAACCUAAUUAUGGAAAACUAACGAGCAUGCACUUCUACGGGUGGAAAUCGGGUUUGAAGACUGGUAUGUAUUAUUUGAGAACUAAACCAGCUGCCCAAGCCAUUCAAUUUACUGUUGAUCAGAAGAAAUUGAAAGAAGCAAAAGAAAGUGGUGCCAAAUCUGAACAAGAAGAGAGAGAGUUAAAUGAAGCAGCAAUGGCUUGUUCCUUGCAAAAUAAGGAGGCUUGCAUGAUGUGUAGUGGUUGAGUGGCACACUGUGAUAUUAUGGUGCACUUAUUGUUCUCGUCGACUUCACUGCUUUGAAAAAGGAUUUUUGCUCUCAGGUCUCUUCCAUAAUUGCUCUGUAUCAUCUAAUCUCACUCGGUUACUCGUGGACCGAAGUUAAAUCUUGUUUAAAAAACGAGUUUUGCAAGUUGCUCAUUGUAUAAUACUGCCUUUUGUUUUUGUAUGUUAUGUUUGUUUUUCUUCUUUUUGUUUUGUAACUUUGUGUUCUUGUGACUGUUAUAAACCUUGCAAGGAAAUAUAAUCAACUAAAAUA